GAUGAUUAUUGGCUAGUCAAACAAUUGAGUUUGGUUGUCACGAGAAACCGUUUUCAUUCGCGAGAUUUCAUUGGCUGAUAUGAAUAGUGGCCAUCUGUGAUUGGACAAUCAAGUCAGCUGAUGGCCUCGCAUGCUCGCAUCAGCGUAAACAGUUAUCAGAUUCUUCGAUUCGACUAAACUUUGCAAAAAAUACUCGUGCUUCUGUUACAUUUCCAAGAUGGGUAGAGUAAAAUUUAGAACACGAAACAAAUUCCGAGGCCGUCAUAAAAAAGUGACGAGAAGCAGUGAGAAAGAAAAGCAGCCAGAGACGUUUGAAGUACGAAGUUGCAAAGUUCUAGUGCAAGAAAAAUGGAGUUGCUAGACAUUAGCGUUGAAAAUGAAAAAAAACAACCUAAGGGAACUGUCGAAUCAAGCGACUGUUUCAUGAUCUGUCAGAAAGAAGCGCUCAACAAACUUCUUUGUGCUGUUGCAUGCUCCAAGUGUUUUGUUGCUGGACAGGUAUCCUUGGAAGUUGUUGAGGGAAGUUCGUUGGGCCUAUCAGUGCGAGCGAUGUUGGUUUGCCAGUCCUGUCAAGAAACAUUAAUGGAAGACUAUUUAUGCCAGCGUGUUGGUGGAUCAAGACAAUCUGAAACUCCUUUCGAAGUCAAUCUUUGAGGGGUUAUGGCAUUUAGAUCGAUAGGCUGUGGACAUUCUGCAUUGCGAGAUUGGUGUGGAUUAAUGAAUAUGCCUUGCUCCAUGUCUAAAGACAGCUAUCAAGGUAGUCAAAAUAAAUUACACGAAGGUAGCAAGGUCACCUGUGAAGCUAUCAUGAAAAAGUCUGCCAAAGCAAUCUUCCAAACUUAUGGAGAGAUGGGCGUGAAACCUGAUAUGCAUGGAGUUUUGAACAUUGGUGUUUCUUUUGAUGGGACAUGGCAGAAAAGGGGUCAUUCUUCCCAUAAUGGUGCAGGUGCUGUGAUAGACCUUUUAACAGGUCUGCCCAUUGACUCUGAAACACUUAGUAACUUCUGUUACAAAUGUACUGUCGGACCAAAUAAAACAGAUGCCAAUUAUGCUGAGUGGUUCGAAAAGCACAAGGAAAACUGUCAGAAGAAUUAUGAUGGCUCUGCCAAUUCGAUGGAGAUGGAAUGUGCCAAAAGGAUUUGGGGAAGGUCCAUUAACAAAUAUUCCCUACGCUACAUGACAAUGCUGUCAGAUGGAGAUAGCAAAGCUCAUAAAGAACUUGUUCGUAGCAAAGUAUAUGGAGAUGAAUAUAUUGUUGAAAAAGAAGAGUGUGUGAAUCAUGUUGCCAAACGAAUGGGAACAGCUUUAAACAAUAUAGUGGCAGAGGCAAAGUCACAAGGGUCAUCUGUAUCAGGAAAAGGAAAGCUCACAAAGGAAAAAAUUUUGAAGAUUCAAAAUUAUUAUGGAAAAGCAGUUAAAGAUAAUGCUGGCAAUAUAGAGUUAAUGAAAAAAAGGAUUUUUGCAAUAUUGUUCCACUUGACAUCUGAUGAUGAUAAUCCAAGACAUAUACAUUGUCCCACUGGGGUAGACUCAUGGUGUUUCUGGAAUAGAGCAGAGGCCAAAGGAGAGGCACCUGAGAAACACAAGGAGCAUACGACUUUGCCAGUUGAAAUUGGUAAGCGCCUUGUACCAAUAUUCAACCGCCUUACUGACAACAAUCUCUUAAAAAGAUGCCAAAAUAAAACGCAAAAUCCAAAUGAGUGCCUCCACAGCAUAAUUUGGAAAAUUUGCCCCAAAUCCACUUUUAGUGGUAAGAAAAUGGUUGAGAUUGGUGUCAACAUGGCAAUGUCUCAGUUUGCAAUGGGGUCUACAUCUCAAGAGACAUUAUGUCGCACACUUGGCCUGUUACCGGGUACACAUUUUAUGAAAAAUGCAAACAAAAGAGACAAGGAAAGAUUGAUGAAGGCUGCAGUGGCAAAAACAGAUGAGGAAAAACAGAAGAGAAAGAGGAAGAAAUAUUCGAAAACCAAAAAUGAGCAAGAGAAGAGAAAAAGGGAAGGUGAAACUUACAAGGCCGGUAGUUUCGAGUUUUACAUUGGUGACCACGACGUGACGAAUUCGCAGAAAAAAAUGGAAAUGAUUUCAACAGAACAAUUCAGAGAAGUUCUGUUGGAUAUUAUAAAGACCGUUGUAUCUCACAUGGCCGAAAGGGUGAGGUUGGCAGAGGAGAAUGGGAGAAAUUUCUUCGUGAAUCGAACUAAUGUCUAUCGUGCUGAAGAUGGCCAGCCCAUUUGCUAUUGUUGUUUGCGCGUUGGUCACGUUGCCAAAUAUUGUAGGGACAGGAAAUUUUCUUUAGCAUCCCAGGAGAAGUGUGAUCAAAAUGAACCUGUGAUUGUUGCCUCGGUAGCUGAAGAGCGACCUCGGGUUACCUUUAUUGGCAACAUCAAAAGAAAUGAGCCACACUUUCAAGAUCUUCAAACUCGAGUUAAGAAAUUGGAGGAGAUUGUCAAUGAAUUGGAGUCACAUAAACUAUCACGACCAAUGGUGACGCGACUGCCUUCUUCAAAACCAAUGGAAGUUGACGAGGGUUUAUUAGCCACAACAUAUGAAAAAAAUUUGAUGGACACUAAAAGAAGAGAAGGACCUUUACGUGUACAUAAUGUUGUUAUAGCCUCGGGUAGAGAACCGUAUGGACGGAAUAAACUUGGACAGGGACAUUAUUUCUUAGAUGGUACUUGAUUUACUCAUUUCAGUAAAAUUAUUUGAUUGAUUCUUCGUGCUUCCUUAUAAUACUUUUAUGUUUCUUCCCCUUCGAGAGAUCAAGCCAGGAGGCUUGUCUUUCAAAGGGGGGAGUAAUGUUAUACAACUAGUUUUGUCUGUCGUGUAUCAUGUUUGUGGUUCGUUAUUGUUAAUGAGAAUGUCUUUCGAUGUUUGCGUCAGUCAUUUUGUUUGUCAUCGUGCCAUCUCUAUUUUAGUUGUUAUUUGUCCAUUUUUAUUAGUCCAUUUGCCGUUAAUUUGUGUCAUUAGGGUUUUGUGUGCGUCACUCAUGUUGUUAAAAGCGUAUGUUCUUUGAGUGCAAGUCCAGUCGAGUCGAAGUUGUCGUUGAAAGAAGUCGUUAUGUUGUAAUCGUUGGUUGCUGCUAAUUUAUACUUUCAUUAUUGAAGAAUCUUGAUUUAAAAAGCAUUAUUGCGAA